AUGAGCAUGAUAAACAAAGGUACGGUACGGGUGCGGACAAUUUUAGCCCUUGAUGAGAUCUUUGGCGCGCGAGACAGCAGGCUCGAAUCCGGUGUCUUGAUUUGUGUUUGUGAGGACCGAGAAGCGACGCUGACUCAGUUCUGGGGUCGUGUCCAGUGCGAUGUUGGUACCAGCUCCGGUACUCUGCAACUCAAUAGCGACGUUUGCAAUCUAACAAUAUUCGUAGUAGAGUUGUUUAGACAUUUGGAUAGCCCUGUACAAAUACUCAUUGCAAUCGCCAUUAUGAGUUACAGAGAAUUUAGCAAUCACAGGGAUAUUGCUGCGAGAUUUACGGAAGCCGGCCUAUACAGAAAACUUCCAGGUGCGUAUUAA